AUGAGCAGUAACGAGCAGGUAUUAGACGAAAGCCUGGAGAAAGUGAGAGCCUUACUGAAUUCCAAAUUACGGGAGCCGAUCGAGUUCCUAACAGGUGCAGAGUCAGAUUUUUGCUACACUACGCUAAUUGUUAGUGAAAAUCUGAAUUUAAUAGGCCGUGGCUAUGAGCAGAUAUUGACAGAUUAUGUUUCCCUUUGCGAUCAAAAGUACCUGCGUGAAGUUGCAAUUUCAGAUUCACGAUUUUGGAAUAUAUUGUAUGAUAAUUGUCCAAAAUUGAGGCCAGAAACAGUAGUGUCAAACCUCAUUAGGCUUUUUAAUAUAACACUCGAUUGCCCAAAUGCUGGUGAGGAUGAAGUAAUAAAGAGUCUCUGUCGUAUUCUCACAACGAAUCCUCAGAUUAUAGGGAUGCUUCUACUAGUUCUGUCGCACAGACCGAUUCAAAAGUCAUUAUUCAUGAACACUAUUCUAUGCAUUAACCUAUUUUUGAAAUGUUCACUUAUCUUAUGCGAGACUUCAGUAUCACACGCUGUAGAAUGUGUGCCAGCAAUUCUGAUUUUAUUAUUCCAAUACAACUUUCCAGCUUCUAUAUCCGAACUGAUUUAUGUAGAAGAGCUACAACCACUGAUUUUAGAAGAGUUUGUACCUUUGAAGCAAAGGUUGAUAAACUUUCUAUCGUCGGUUAACAUUGAGGACUAUUCAUGUUCCCUGAAAGAGAAACUUCUCAGGGCUAUUAAAAACCAUUCCGUAUUUCAGAAAGGACUUGAAAUGGAACUGGGCGAGCUCCCAAGUAUAAACCUGUUGAAUGCCUAUGACACAUAUACAUUCUUAAAUAGCCCCAAUGGAUCAUUCAAGAGGCUUUACACUGAACAACUGCUAUUCGGUGAAAAUGAUUUUCCUCUUUAUGAAGCAAUAUUCAAACUAUCGGAUCAGUUUCGAAGACUUUUCAACUUAACCGGGAAACAGCAAGAUUUCGAUUCCGAGUCUGAUUACAAUUUGAAACUCCAAAUUGCCACCGCUGUUCUAAAUCGACAAACUUGCUUCUAUAAAACACUUGAGUUGUUUUUGAGGUUCUGGAUAGAAUCUUUAGCAAGAUCGGAAAACGAUAUGGUUUCACUACUAAGCUUAGCCAUUAUCACCCUAAAAUAUAUUUGUUUAUCAUCAGGCGACUUAAAAUCAGCAAGGGAGUCCAAAUCACUCCUUAAAACCCAGGUCGGGGCACUUGACUCUAUGAACUAUAAAUUUGCAAGAAAACUGCAAUUAGACUAUAUAAAAGAAGACCAUUAUCGGACCUGGUCGUCAAGUAUCGCUAGCUUCGAUACAAUGCUAUCAGGCCAGGUACACGAUUACGUUCGUCAUCAAAGGCUCCUUCAAUUGCAAAAGGGAACAUGGGUUUAUUCAGAAGACCCAUUAAACACGGAAGCCGGAACCCCGAAAGUUUAUUUCAUCAUAGUGUCGGAUAAUCAUGCGAGUCUUUUAGCCAGAGAAUUUCAAACUCAAACGGAUGAUUUGCCUUAUUUAUUUGAUAAUAAAAUCCUAACAAGUCCAAGUUGUGAAGCAUUGGCUAAAAACGGCAGAACAAAAGUUGUAGUUUUGAAGCAUAUAACCUGCUUCAAGAGCAGAGAACUUACAACACCGAGCCGUCGAACUGGUAGUAAUGUUUACAUCAAAUUGCAGGAACAAAAUGUAUACACCGAAGUUGAGCUAAAAGACCGUAACGACAGAACGGUUUUGAAGUUUUACUUAGACACUGAAGAGGGAAAAUAUAUAUGGCUAGACGGAUUGAAACUUAUAUCACCAUCCCAUCAUGAGGAUAUAUCUAGAGAUACAAAGGAGCAAAUAGACACACUGUUUGACUUGAGGAAAAAUGUUCAAAUGAUAAAUUUGAACGUUCACGAGGAGGAUUCGAUAGCGCCUCCACCCAAAUCGAAUGAUGAGAAUGAAGAUGAGGAAUUUUAUGACUUGGAAACGCUAAAGAGAAUAACGGAAGAUUUUUAUUUCGAUUAG